UAUCACUACCAGUGAUCAUCCAGCAUAAAGAUGAGACUUCUAUUAUUGCCCGUCUCGCUGCUUUGCUGGUCGCUGGUCGCGGCCGUGCCUAUUCGAUCAAAAUAUGCUUUGGAAUACGAGCUGAGUCCCUCUCCAAAAUUGGAGAAGCGGUUAGAGACGGAAAAAGAGUCCCUGGUUCACUUAAAAGAAGCCAGUAAAAUCGACACUGAUACCGAGAAGCGUGAACACCAAUUUAUCAAUUACGAUCAUUUUGAUGAGGAUGAUGACUUCUACGGUAAAGACGAGAGUUAUGAGAAUCCGUGGACCAAGCAUGAACAAACCCAUCCGAAGGUAGAAAAGCUUGGCCAAAGUCAGUAUCAGAAAAAGCAAGCUGUCCGCUACGAGAAACGAGUAGACAAGCAAAGGGAGCUUAGUCAGGAAGUGAAGCAUGUGCCCAAGUUCAUCAAAAUGGUAGCCCAUGAAAGAUACGCAGAGGAUGACCAGUACAAAUACAAAUCAACUCCCUUGGAACGCGGUUAUCGCAAUGACAAAUUUGAAGAAAAGAGUGACAAAUACAUGGAUGGGUUCUAUGGAUAUGACGAUCACGGCGAAAGAAAACAGGAUAAAUUCGACCAAUACGGGCUUGAAAUAUAUCAGCCGAAAUAUGGUAAGGUUAAAGAAAACUACGAAGACGAGUAUGGGAAAUACGAGCGCGAGUAUGGCGACAAACACGGUGAUUUCUAUGACAAAUAUGAAUUCGACUACGAUGAUAAGUACGGAAAACUUGACGACGAUUAUGACGAGAAACAGUCCAAACACAUAAAUCCAUAUACUAAAAAGGGUGGCAAGUAUGACAGAGUCUACGACAAAUACGGUGAUGAAUACGACAGUGCGUACGAUGAUGAAUAUGGAAGGAAGCACAGCAGAUCGCUUGGUAAAUACUGGGGUAGUGAAGAUAUAGGUUAUUUUAACCCCCAUAAAGAGUACGAAGAUAAUCACAAGAACAGAUAUAUCCGGUCCUAUGGUAAAUAUGGUGGCAAGUAUGACAAGUUAAAUGACGGAUAUGGAGGUAGAUAUGAGAACAAAUACGAAGAGGGGGAGAAGGAUGGUUAUGAUCAAUCAUAUACCAAGUCGGAUAUUGAGUACGGUAAGCCGUACGCAUAUGACGACAGCAGGUACAGUGAAGAAUUUGGAAAGUAUGCUAACGACAGUGAGGAUACCUACGAGGACGAGGAACAGGAUGACAGCAAAUAUGGCAAGAGUGUUGACAAAUAUGAUGAAAAGUUCGAUAACAACUAUGGCGCAUAUGAAAAUAGUCACUCGGAGAAUUAUGAAGAAGACAAAUCAAUUGGUAAAUACAACUAUUAUGAUAAAUACAGCCAACCGAAGAGAAGAUGGGGCCAUAGUUAUGCCGGGUAUUAGAUGGUUUAUCCGGCUGGCAAGUGACAUUGGCCCUGCUACAUAUUUGAUCUAUUCUACCACUUGUGAUAUCAAAGAAUUUAACCUCCUUAUUAUUUUUCUUCAUCCAGCUGUGGGUGGGAUUUAGCCUUCGCGCUUGCAGUGGACACACUGAUUUGCAAGACUGCUACAAAACGUCCGACCGCAUCGUGGUUCAUGGGCGCUAUCAAAAAGGACCAUUGGUAUAGUUGUUUUUACUGCUGGGGCUAACAGGGAUAACAAACACUAAUUCUGCAACAUAAGGUGCUCUGCAGUAGCUUCGUUCCGCUUUCGCAUCAAUUUGCAGCGACUGAAUAGACCGGCAAACAAUUUCGUUAAUGAAAGCACACCAACUCUAUGCUCAUCCUACGCUUAAUGAGGCCACCUGCACGGCAACUGAUUGUCUUAAUGAUACAACAGGGAAAGCGAAACAUGAACAACGAUUUAUUACGGGG